AUGGUGAUGAACAUAUUUCCUGACAAGAUCCUGAAGAUGAAGCGCCGUUGCUGCCCAGUGUUUUCUUUCAGAUCUUUCCUCUUUUUGUUUGGAGGCUGGUUCUACACCGUGACAGUAGCGAACCAAGGUGAGUUAACUUUAACAUUGCUUUGCCAAGCUUUUAUAUAAAUUUACUCCUGAAGUCAGGCGAAUCCGUAAUUAACGGAAGCUAAGUCGAAUUGACGAGCCAAGCCCAAAAAUAAUGUAUUUUGUGGAUUUGGAUAGCUUAUUCCAUCACAUAAGGUGAUAGGGCUCUGAAUUAAAAACUGAUGUGACCAUUUCUAAGAAACUUGAGAACGACGAAAUAUGAUAUUUUGUUUGCAAGUAUAGCUUAUUCUAUUUGAUCAAAUAUAAUUAACCACGGCUUUAUAGGGAGCUAAACAAGUUUGGAAAUUUUCAAGACAAGUCGCAACAAACUCGGUCGUGUGCGGAACAGAAAUCAAUAUAUUUUGAUGAGACUUUUUGGUGACGUAAACUCUAAUUUUUGAUGAAAAUUUAUUCAAAACAAACAAUGAAUGCGUACUAAAAGCAACAAUUCAAUGAAAACAGAAACACCGUUUUGCUGGUUGUUGGCAACGAUCUAACUGAUCGAGAGUUUGAGGAGUAACGCUGAUAAAUGAUUCAGCAGAAGGAUUAAAACACCCUCAGACCAGUGAAACAUAAGGAAAAAUGUCGACAAGUGGAAUGUUAUUAGAAAUUAAAGGUUUUUUGUUUGUCAAGAAUUUUCUUGAAGUCGCUGAAGCCAUUGUAUUUGUAAAAAAAUGAGUCAUGAUGCUUGUGUACACAAUGGUUAUUCAAACUCUGAGAAACACUGUAUGUUGUCGAAUAUUUCAAAUGCAGGUGCUCCACGAGUGUUUCACUUCGUCUUGGUCUUAAAAUGAUAGACUAUUCGUUCGAAGCAUCUUCUAAGGAACAGACGAAGGUAUCUGUAAAAAGAAAUGCACCAUAGGUGUUUUUGGAAUUCAGAUAAAUGCUGAGGCUAAAACGCCUCAAUUUUUCAGUAAAAUUGUUUAUGACUAAUAGGGAAAAGCGGUCAAUGAGUUCUCUAUCCUUUUCCACUCGACUCUUUAACUUUCAUCAUUAUGAUAGUAUAAAAACUUUUUUUUUUCGCUCUCCUUUUGAUAAAAAGGUAAAUAAAAGGAAAACGUCCUAUUCCUAAGAAAUAACUUUACUUCUUUGGUAGCGAAAAAUUAGAUGCACCCAAUAAAAUCGCGGGUAUUAAUGAUUUACCUCGAGUAAAAAGUCUGUGGGUAAAUAGAGUUAAACAAAAGAGUCUUCGUGAUGCGGCCAAAAAAAGAAUAGUCGCCGAGAAAUCGAAUUUUUUUUCCUAGCUUGCUUUGCCCUCUUUUCCAUCUGUUUCUCCCGAUAAAUUUUUGGAUUUCUCCUUAGUUAGUGUAACAUGGUUUUUCCUGCUUCGCGUUUCAUUAGUGGUGGAAUGAUCGCAUUGACUAGCGUCAAAAUGAGGUGCGAAAACAGUGAAUUACUUUGGAAGCCAAAAACUCGAAGUUUGUCUUCGCGUGUUAUCUCUACUGACCUAAACAAAUUGAUUUGGUGUGUAGAUUUUCCGGAUUUCCAUGAAAUUGGCCAGAACGUUUGUCAGAUAUUAAUGCACCAAAGUAAGUUAGGCGUAAAGAAAUUCAAAACAUUACUCUAGUGAUGUCCGGAGCGAAACAACAACCGAAAUAUUUUCCAUUGUCCAGCUUCAUGUUCCUUCAGUUUUUCACCAACGCACAACUUUUAGCAAUAACUGCAAGUUAGGUAAUAGAUGACGUUGGCAGAGGUGCACGUGAACUGAUCAGUGAUCUCAAGAAAUUGCUUGGGUCCCGAUACUUCUCGACUUUAUGAAUACAAGAACAAGUUUUGCAUAGUGUGCGAGCGCGUUUGAAAGUUCCGGGUUGGUCAUUACUUUGUACUAAACUUCCGUCCAAAAUGUUGCCGAUUUUUUUUUCGCGUUUGAGUAAAAAGUAAUGGAGGUUGCCAAGAAAACGACUGUGCGACGGAUUCCGAGAACACCGCUGCGACGAAACCCUUUACGGUGGCCAAUUUACAUUAUAAAUUCAGUUGUUAAACACAAUGACCUUGUUACACUCCCCGCAGACGUAACACCACAGUUUCUUUAUAAACUUACCCCUCAUUUAUACAAAUUAAAUAACAUGGCCUAUAAGUAGUUCUCUAAGUCGGGUGAGGUUCUCUAACAUCCUCUGAGUGCCAAAAAUUGAAAAAAUAAUUCAAUAGAACGGCGAUAUCCCAACCAAAGACUGACGAAAGGCGAUGCACACUCCAAGCUUUUGGCAGAUAGAUUCUAGAAUCUAAAUCGACUGAAUUUUCAGCCCAUCCAGUUGAUGUCCAUAGAAAUUCUCCAACAGUCUCCAAGAUCACUCGAUUUUCUUUAAAUCUCUUUAGGUUUUACUCAGUUACGGUUAACUCUAUUAACAUAUUUUAGAGAGCCGUUUUGCACACAUAUGAUCCACUACUGUCUUUUUUAUAGAUAACUGUCGGCGAGUCAAGUUCAUGAAAAAAAAGGAUGGAUAUGCAUUGGUGAACCAUAUUUUAAAAAAUAUUUCAUUACCUGUCGGAAUGCACACGUAUAGUAACUGCAAGAAUAGGUGUAUGAUGGAAGACAGAUGUAAAUCAAUCAACAUGGGACCAGAAGAUAAAGAUAAAGUUUUGUGUCAGAUAAGUGACUCAGACCACGUUCAACACCCAAGUGAUUUGAAACCGACAGAAGGCUUUACGUAUAGGGGCAUGGAGGUAAGAACUAGAAAUUCGGUUUUGAGUUUGCAGAUUUUAUUUCCUCUUUUGUAAAUCCUCGCAGAAAGACUCACAGAAUCGCAACGUCUUUUCUGAAUGGAACUUGAGAAUAAAAAUCGUUGAAAUAAAAUAAAAAAAAGAGGAAAAUAUGAAUGGCUGCCCCGAAUGAAUCGACGACAUAGAUUGCUUUCGAUUCCCGCGCACCUGCCAUAAGUUCUUUGCGAUCUUGUAAUGAAUGACCUAAUGGGUCUUAACAAUUAGCACCUUUUUUUGAGAUGAUCAAAGCGGAAAAUCAAAGAACCUAGAAAUAUUAAAACAUCAAUGGCUCUAUGUCUCUUUCAGUUUCGCAGUGUAAUGACGAAGAAGGGAUGAGUUGUGUUAUGUGGCAGUCUGGGUCCUAUCCAAUCAGUUAGCGUUAUGUGGGCCCAUCAUAUAACGUACUUUGAAAAUUACACAUAAUUCUGACAUUUUAGCGGCCCUAAAACGUCUGCCAUUUUAGGGCUUCACGUAAUCGCAUAAUUAGCGGAAAUGAAGUCACCGAAAGAUCGAAUGAUUUUCUCAGGGGUUUACUGACAUCUUUCUUUUGCGCUCUUUUUAUUGAUUCUUCUAUAACACUUGGAUGACUUGAACGUUGUUUCAUUUCGGCAUAAUGUUGCAUCGUAUGCUUUCUUGGAUUUUUUUCGUGUCGCAGUUUCCAGGGCCUUUUUGACAACGUAUUCGGCUGCUCCUGACACGCUUCCGGCUACUUUUUGUUUUUUUCUCGCUGGAUAUGAGAGCUGGAAUAAGAGCUCCUAAAAGGAAAAGUACUUUUUUACGUCGAUUGGUUUUUUUUUGUCGUCAUGAUUUUCUUGAUGUAGAAAAGGGAAUCAAAUGGUAUGAAAUAAAGUUAGAUAGGGGAUCCUUGUUACAAGUGGGACGCGUACUCUUCCUAGUAGAGAUCACCCAUGAUGUUACUGUUUUACAAUGGACAAACUAAAGUUUCCUCUCGUGUAGAAUUAAAUAUACUACAAGUUCUUGAUGUACAAUAACACAAUACGAUCUAUACGAUCUAAUAGUUCAGAACGAAAUAUUUCAAAUCAUUCGAGUUCUAUCCACAGACAUGUAUUUAAAAUUUUUGGAUAAGUGGCAAAAAAUACGUCAAUUGCAGAAAUUGUCAUUCUAAAUUGAUUUUCGCGUCUUCAUCGAGACAGUUAUGGUUCCAAAUUAGGAUUCAAGAGUGGAUUGAAAAAAAGAUUGAAAAAUGAAUUGAAAAACAAACGGCCAAACGUUUUAAAGUGUUUUUCGGUGCAGAAUAAACCGUAUCGGACCCGUGUAAUCCAGAAAUGUAUCUUUAGUGCGUUCGAGAAGAGGCGGAAGUUGGUAGGCAAAAGAGUGGAGCUUUCCCUUUGAUAAAGAUGGCCGGAAGCGCUUUGACGGAAGCAGUCGAGAAGAAGAAACGUCGACGCAAAUCUCAAAAGGGAGGAAGACUCUUCUCGUCGUCACCUGUCGUGCCUGGCUUUUAACCCGACUUGAUAAACUGGUUGACUCAGCAAAGUAUGACAAGAAUUAGUAAAACUAAAAGAAACAGAGAAUUAAAAAUGAGAGAAGUGAAUACAGCUUAGGGUUCUGAAUCUGCAAUGAAUAGGACGUUGGCGUCUUCUUUCUUUUUCUGCCGGUUGAAAGCAACACUUGUGACAUCUUAUGUUGACAUAUUCUUUACAGACUUGACAUUUGGCCACUCCUCAUCGAUAUUUGGCGAGUAGGGAUCUUCGGUCUCCCCUAUUUGAUUUUACGACUUUCCUAAGAGAUUCGGGACAUUUUUUGAACGUUUUGCAAAUAGAUUUCAGGCAAGGAUUGGGACCAGUCCGAUGGUACUGACAACAAUCUUCUCCGUAAAACGAACGCAGAAAUAUACAGCACAUUUACAAAGAAGUGUCAUUUCGACGAUGCUCAGAACAAUUCCGGUGAUGAAACGAUACACAUUUCUUUCCUUUGCAAGUAUGAUGUUCAUAAUCAUCUCUAUUAAAUCCACAAUCGCAUUCGUGACAAUGAGAAUAUUUGCUCAAAAUCCUCCUAGCGAUGCGCAACCAUGAUCGUGAUGUCCAUCUACUUGCACUGGUUCAAUCUUUUCAAGGACCCUUGAAAAUAAUCAUUUGAGGUUUAUCCAACGACACCACCGUAAUCUGGUACUUGUGACGCAAUGCUUUUUAAAACUUUUCCAAUUCCCUUACACCACAGGAACAUUUUUCCACACCUGCCAAUCGAUGUAAUCACGUUUCGUUAUAUGAUUAGUCCAUUUGCGCCAUCUGAUUUGUUAGGACCAAGAGUGCCACAUAACUCUACUGGGAUGUUGUAAGAUCUUUUUAUAACGCCAGAAAAAUUUUCCAUGCCGUAUCUGAGACCAUUAGAGUACAAGUUUUUGUACUCUUUUUUGUGUUCUCAUAAUAUCUCAAGAGAGUUAUUAUCAAUCCGAGCGUGUAUAGCAUCUCAGUCAAUUCAAUUAAAGCAAAAUCAUAUUAAAGUUCACAUGGCAACCGGGUGGACAAUCAGACAUAGUUUGAUGCUACUCUAGUUUAAAGAUUUAAUGAAGGUAACCGAGAAGUUACAGUUCAUAGACCCAACGUUUCGACAUUUCUGUUUACUGCCUUCAUCAUCACCCCUCAUCACCCCUGAUUAAGAUCCUAGAAAGGAGUGUCCAAACGUUGCGUCUGUGUAACUUCCCUGUUACAUUUAUUAAAUCUUUAAACCAAUGUAGAAUCAAACCAUGUCUGAAGGCAAAAUACGUUUUCACUAGAACAAAUGUUGCCUCAGUAUGUGCCAUAACAACGCAACUUGCCUGGUUGGAUUUACGGACAAGGGAUACAAAUGUGUGUAUCAGGCUGGUUACAAGGGAGAACGUUGUGAAAAAGGUGAGGGCUACUAUGCGUUGCAUCAAGCAUAUUUACUAUUAUAUGUAUGCGUCUGUUUCAUAGCCGUUUAAAUUUUUUUAUACCGUAAGCCUCCAUAUGUCCUACGAGCACUUAUGAUUCGUGUAUAACACUUUGUACCCAUUCGUGUUUUCUCGUGUAGUGUAUCGCGCUUUAAUUAUUUGUUUUAGAUAUUGACGAGUGCUCCAACAACACCCCUAACUGCCAUGCCAAGGCUGUGUUUAUAAUAUCGAGAAAUCUUACAGUUGUAGAUGUAAAGAAGGUUUUAAGGGGGACAGAUGAAAUUUCAUAGUUAAGUUCAGAGUGAUCAUUGCAAUUUCUUAUGUAAUGUUUAAAAAACGAGCAGGAGUGUUUUAUCGGGUUUAAAACCACUCGGCUACGCCUCGUGGUUUUUGACCCGAUAAAACACGUGCUGCGAGUUUUUUGAACGGCUUCAAAAACAUUCUUGGAAAAGCGUGUGUCAAGAGAGUUCAUAACAAUUAUGCUUUUAUGAACGUUAGAAAUUAGCAUACGAGAAAAACAUUCAUAAGUCACGUGCAGUGUCUUUAUAUCUGAUAAAACACCGCAUACUAAUAAGGAUGAGGUUUAUCGAUAUAAAGUCACUGCACGUGAUGUAUUAUCUACCAUUUGAUAGGUUAGUGGGCUUAUGAGUUAUUAUGAGUUUUUGAAUAGUAGUGUAGAAUACCAAGAUUAGUAAAUUUUUUAUUCUACCAUAAUUCAAUUCUGGCAAUAAAGGCAAGAAAACGCUAAAAAUAGGAGAUCACAACAGAACGAGUCACAACUUAUAAAGACAAGAAUAGAAGCAAACAGACCAAAAACGAGAAUAGUAAUAAUAAUGAUGAUAAUAAUCGAAGUAUUUAUUCAGGAUAACCCUUCAAUACAAAAGUACUAUUAUCAAAAGGGUCCUGCUGAUUAAGAAUUAAAAACUGAGAAAUAAGAAGUUAUCAAAAUAUAUAUAAAUUAGUAUCUAUUAAAACAAAAAUACACUAAGCUAAAAACUGCUAAAACUAAAAUAGAAGUUACGAGUAAUAAUCGUCUAGGGCCUUCCUAUAUAAAACUCCAGAAUUAAUGUUCCUUAAACUUAAAGGCAAUGAAUUCAAACUUCAGGCACCAAAAAAAAAAAUACGGCGCGCACAAUCCAGUUUGACCCUUGGUAGCUUUGCUGUUUUCUCAUUGGUCUCAGUUUUUUAGAACUGAUGAAAUGAUGAUUUGACAUAUCAAGCUUACAAACCAAUAAAAUAAACAAUAAAUAAUAAUAAAGUUUUACUAUGCUUACAAAUAAACAAAAGAACUUGUGAUAAGAAAAGAGGUUGAGGUGAACCCUUUUUUGCCCUUCAGCAUUCAAAGCUGUUUUUACAAAUCUCAAUGCCACCGGAAGACGUGGUCCAACAUCGCUGGGCAGUCACUACACAGGUCAGGAUCAUGACGGACAAGUUACACUGAUCAGCGGUAUUCAACAGUGGACUGUGCCGUACACUAGUGACUACAGAAUAGAGGCAAUAGGAGCGGCAGGAGGGUAUGAUAAACACUCUAGCAGUGCUCAGUACCGAGGAAGAGGAGCAAGAAUGAUUGGAACAUUUCGCUUAAACAAGGGUGAAGUCAUCCAGAUAAUUGUAGGUCAAGAAGGAGGAAUAAACAAGCAGUAUUCUUCUUCCGGCGGUGGUGGAGGUACAUUUGUAGUGAGAGGAACUGACACACCUUUGAUAAUAGGUGGAGGCGGGGGAGGCGCACUAGCUGUUAAGUCAAGACAUGAGGGAUGCGACGCCAGUACAAACACAACAGGGAAUCCUGGAUACAAUUCAUGGUCAGGGGGGAGCAAUGGACAUGGUGCAGAGACUGCUGAUAGUGGCCACUCAGGUAAGAUAAUACUGUGUUGA